AAGCGCGAUGCCUCGGGGGUGCGCCCGGGGCUCCGCUGCCGGGGACCGGAGACUGCGGCUGGCCCGGCUGCUGCUCGUUUUCCUGGGCUGGGUCUCCUCGUCCACCGGCACUUCUUCGUCGUCCCCGUCGUCUUCCUCCACCUCCUCAUCUUCUCUAUCUUCCUCUGUGUCGGCUCAGCCCCCGCCGCCGCCGCCUGGCCACUGCCCCGCGCUUUGUGAGUGCUCGGAGGCUGCCCGGACAGUCAAGUGUGUCAACAGGAACCUGACCAAGGUGCCGGAAGACCUGCCCCGCUACGUGCGCAACCUCUUCUUCACAGGCAACCCGCUGACAGUACUGCCCGCCGGUGCCUUCGCCUCACUGCCGCCCCUGGCCGAGCUGGCCGCCCUCAACCUCAGCGGCAGCCGCCUGCAAAAAGUGAGCGCUGGCGCCUUCGAGCACCUGCCCAGCCUACGCCAGCUGGACCUCAGCCACAACCCGCUGGAAGUCCUCAGCCCCUUCGCCUUUUCUGGAGGCGGUGGCGGCGGCGGCAGCAAUGCCAGUGGCUUGGGUCGGAGUCCCCUCACAGAGCUGUUCUUGAACGACAUCCUGCCACCCGAGGACAAGGAUAACCAAAACCAAACACGGAGCUUCGUGGGCAUGGUGGCCGCUGCGCUGCAAAGUGGAGGCGCUCUGGGCAACCUGCUCCGCCUGGAGCUGUCCGGCAACAAGUUCUUUUACCUGCCCCGGGACAUGUUCUCGGGCCUGCCCAAGCUCAAGCACCUGGAUCUCCACAAUAACUCUCUGGUGGGUCUGGGUAGCCUGGCCUUAGGCAACCUAACGCAACUGGAGUCUCUCCACCUCGGGAACAACGCAUUCAAGGCCUUGUAUAAUUCUUCCUUGGUCCAGCUGCAGGCUCUGCCCAGCCUGCGGGUCAACCUAGACAGCAACCCCUGGCUCUGUGACUGUAACAUAGCUGAUAUGGUGACCUGGCUCAAGGAAACUAACAUGGUAGAGGGCAAAACCACCCUCUCCUGCUUCUUACCAGAGAAAAUGAGAAACCGCCCCUUGGUGAAGCUCAACAGCUCUGACCUGGACUGUGGCCCGCUCCCUCUGGACCCUUUGCAGACUUCUUAUGUCUUUCUAGGCAUAGUUUUAGCCCUCAUUGGAGCAAUUUUCUUACUGGUUUUGUAUUUGAACCGCAAAGGCAUUAAAAAAUGGCUAUAUAACAUCAGAGAUGCCUGCAGGGAUCACAUGGAAGGUUAUCACUACAGAUAUGAAAUCAAUGCGGACCCCAGGUUAACAAACCUCAGCUCCAAUUCAGAUGUUUAAGAAACAUAAAGAAAGCAGAGUAUUGACAACAGCUAUGCAUGAGAUGUAGACUUAAGCUUUAAAACACCCUAGGCUUGCUCACCCUCCACCCUUCACUCUAGACACCACAGACUGAUGAAAAGCCACGCAGGGGCUAUGCCUCCAUGUUAUAUGGAAAGCUCUCUGGUGUUUUCUGUUAACCUAAGACACUGGACAAUUACACAGUGUUUGGCUGUCCCCCUCCUCCCACCCACUCUCUACCUGUUCUUGGACUUUGUUGGAACUUGUUUGGGGGCAUUUUUCAAGUUUCAUCCUGACUGAGGACUUCUUGCAGUCUGGUUUUCUCAUAGUACAGUACAAGGUGUAGCAAUUGUAUAUACCAUUCAACAAAAGCUGCCUCAACUUUUUUGAGAACAUAUUUUGUUUCUCAAUGCUGGUUUUAUUCUUGUGUAUCUAAAUGGCAGAGAAAACAAUUUCAUUCCACAAACUGCCUGCAGAGUCUAGAAAGUUUUUCCCCCUUCAGUAGUGUACAGAGGAGCAAACAAUUAGAGAUUAUGCAUGCCUACAGUAACUGUUCUGCAUAUUACAAAAGAUAACUCCCAACCUCAGACAGAAAAAAAUGAAGUUUCUCUCAAAAAAAAAGUUUCUUUUGACUGCAGUUUACAUGAAGCUACAUCAAGUUUUUUUUUAAUGUAAACUGCAUCUAGAUUCAACAGAAUGAAUUGUUAAGAAAUAAUUCAAUAAAGGUUCUUAAAAGAACUACAGCAGUGUCAAAAUGAUAUGUACUGUUAUUAGACUUUUUAAGGGAAAAUAGCUUGACUAGUUUUAGUUUAGACUAAUAAAUUAGUCAUUUAUUCAUGUUGUCAUCUUUAUUGCAUAGCUUGAACAAUUAUUGUAUACACUGAAGUUAGAGAUUCAUUUUGAAAUAUUGGGUCUGACUAGAUUUAAGGGAUUCUAGAUGUAUUGACUGAAUAUUUAUAUGAAACUGCCUUCUUUUGGUCUAAAAGUUGGUGUACACUAACCCAGAACUAGAUUUGCAAGAGUGACACAAAGUAGGGCUGGAUAAUAAUUUCUGAACAGUAAGUAAAUUGAAUUUGCUGCUCUCCAAAUGUUAAUGAAGUUGUUUUUAGAGACGAACUAUAAAUAAAGUUCUGCAGGUAAAAUCACUCCUUGGGGGUCUCAGAGCAGAAUGUGAAAUGUUUCAGAAAGACUAAAACAAUUAAAAUGUGUAAAUCUACAGCUUUAAAAUACAUCUUAACAUUAUGAAAUGGAGUACUUUAAAAAUAGAUAUAUUUUUUUACAUUUUCCAAGAUCACAAAAUAAAAUAGGUAUUCCUCUCUUAUUGUUUUUGUUUUUUUGGAAUAGAAAUUUUAAUUUAAACUGGAGCAUGUAUAAAGUAAAAUGUUGUGGGAGGCUCAGGUACAUUUAGAAGACCUGUGACCUGUCUCACUUUUGUAUUAGUAUCUCUAGUGUCUAUCAGAUGCCUUGCACAUGGUAGGCACUUAAUACAUCCUUGUUGAUUAAUUGUUUGAAGGGAACUUGGAGGCCAUUUAGUCCAGUUGCCUCAUUUUACAAAUUAGGAAACUGAGGUCCAAGGUUAAGUGAUCCUCAGGUAAGUCUAUGUAGUGCUUGGAUCCUUUGUUCUGCUUAUUGACUUUAACCAAGCUAGCAAUUUGAAAAUGUGACCUUAAAAUCCUUGUUGGAAGGAGUUGGGGUGUAAAUCCUAAAAAACAUUUGAAGGGACUACUUUGGGAAGAAUAGGGGCACCUAGAAUUUGAUUUAGAUGAUGCAGAUGACAAAAGCAGAUCCUUUAUCAUUUGAAAUCAUAAUGAACAGAUGAGAUUUUCCUAUUAGUGUUGAAUUUAACAAUUCCCAUUUUGAAAGAGUAAAAAAAAAAUCUUCCUAUUAUAACUUAGUCUUUAAGAUCAUCAUUGAUUUUUAUUCUAUGCUAAACAUUUUUGCUAGUUUGUUAAAAAUACUUUAGUAUGACUCCAUUGUUUACAGUCUUUGGUUUGUUGUUUUCAAAAGACUAGGUCUAGGUUGGGUAGCUGUCAUUGUUCUAUAUCUGUCAGGAAAUUAAGCCCUAAAGGGAAUCCUCUUAAUUAAUCUCUCAUUUAUUAUAUAAAGGUUUUCAAAUUUAACUUACAAGAUAUCAUGAAAUUCAGUUAAUUAAACUAGCUUGUAUUAGUCUCAGGAUUCUUUUUGUUGUUGUUGUUCCUGUGCUUUAAAGUCGUUAUUUUCAUCAAUGCGAUACAUAUGGAAUAGCUAUAGAUUCUUGUGUUUUCAUAAAUGAGAUGGAAGUCAAGAAUUGGUGUUUUAUGUAAACCUAUGUUUCAGAACUCAUCUGUUUAUUUCUUAGAAUUUAAAUGAGUUGAAAUUCUCAAAAUGGGACCAAGUAGAUUAGUUUCAGUUUAUUGUUUAUAAUGGUAUAGAGGCACAGUAAAACAUUUCAAACUACCUCACAUAGUUUAAUAAUGAUACUUAUUUCAUGAAAUAUCAAUUUAUUCAUUAAUUUUGGACUAUAUCUCAGAACCAUGAUUAGUUUUGAAAAAGCAAAAUUUGUUGUUUUAUGCCCCCUCAUUUUAAAUGUACACUAGAGAUCCUUGGCCAGUGAGCCCUUAUUUGCUAAAAAGGAAAGAAAUACUUGGCCUUCCUGAAUUAUUGACAUCUCAUUAAUUACAACACUAUAAUUUUAUAAAGUUAUACUUAAAUUAUCUGUAAGAGACCUUAGGCAAAUCACUAAGUUUACUGAGUUGUUCAGGAAUGCAACAAAUCAGUAAUUGUAUGGGAAACAAAUGUGGCAGAACUGUCUGCUGUAGCAUGUCAGAAAGAAUGAUUUAAUCUGUGCCAUAUUGUUAUGUGGAAAUAAUAGAAGUCCAGAAGUGGUAUUAGUGGAUAAAGGACCAAUCUUAGUCAGGAAAGCCUGGAUUCAAGUUCCAUCUCCAAUAUAUAUUGGCUGUGUGGCUGAGGAAAUCACUUAACCUUUCAAUGCCCUGGGUAACUUGCUUAGACAAAGUUGCCUAACAGUUGCUGAUCUAUUUUUUUUGGGGGGGGGUU